AUGAUUACAUAACUAAAUAAGAAAAGCCAAAUCAAUUUGAAAGUAUUAAUAUUAGAAAGAUUGCUACAUUUAUAUUACUUUGUAAGUCUUUAAAAGAUUAUCUUUUAUUUUAUUAGCAUUUUAGGUGAUUUAUAAAGCAUCACUUUUUUAUGGGUUCCUAUUUUUGAAUCCAAGAAAUUAACAUUUUUUUCAAAUAAAAUUAAUUAUGAGUCAUUUAUUAUUUACUUUAGCAGAAUAGAUGAAUUGAUCAAUUAUUAAUUUGAUUCAUCUUUACAGUAUUAUAUUAUUCCACUCUUAAUAUAAAUUUUAAUGUUUUUUAUACCUUUACUCAUAGUGAUUUAUUUAUAAAAUAAAUAAAGGAUACUAAAAUUUACAAUAGUAAAUUACUACUUAAAAUUUAGCUCAAUAUUUUUUUAAAUAUUUCUCACCUAUUUAUUUGUACCAUUUAUGAUAUUAUCUACUUAAUCUAUAAUAAUUGCAAUAAGUUUUAAUAAAUCCAUUUUUAAUGUAAUUUUAUCCUCAUUUUCUCUAUUAUUAACUUUUAUUAUUCUUAUUAUAAACUUAUUGCUCAACAGAGAAACAAUUGAUUUAAAAGUGAAUAGAUUCUAAAAAUUUAAUUAAACCUUUUUAGAUUAUCUAUAAAUAAUUUUGUUGAUAUUGUAAAUAUUUAUUUAUGGCAUUAUUAAGGGUGAAGUUAAUGGAUUAAUUUUAUAGAGUAUUUUAGUUCUUACAUUAUCAUUAAUUAAUACCUUAUAGGUUUUCUAGUUAGAAUACAAUGAUAUUAUAAGAGUUAAAAUUAGUUUGAUUAUUUCAUCGUUUGGGUUUAUUUCAUCAAUUUAUCGUUUAUUACAGAAUCUAAAAAAAGAUUCAAUAUCUAUGUUUACAAAUACUGGAAUAAUAAUCAUUUUUAUAUCAUUAAGUAAAUUAUUGUUAAAUUUUUAUAAUCAAAGAGAAGAGAGACUAUAGAAUAAUAUAAUUUAAAUAAAGUAAUAUAAAAUAAUAAAGUUUUAUUUAUCCAGACUCAUUAAUGAUGAUUUUCCUAAAAGUGAAAAAAAAAUGAAUAAUUCUAUCAUAUAACAUUGGAUAAAUAAGAUUGUUGAUUAAAAUAUAUAUGAUACAUAAGAAAAGUCAGCAUAUUAAAAUAUAUUAACAUCUCAAAAUUUAGAUGUAUUUAUUUAAAAAAAACUAAAAUAAUAUGUAAAAAAUAUAUCAAAAGUUAAAGGAUUUGAUUUACAUUAUAUAGCAUUAUUGAAUAAUUUUGGAUUCUCCAAUUUAGCCUUAAUUUAAAUAAAUUCCUUAAUUAAUAAAAAAUUAAUUUAAUCAAAAUAUAAAGGUUUUUUAGGAGAAAUUGAAGUUCCAAGUAGUGGUGUUGAUAGUCCUUAAAAAUGUGCAGUUCAUUAAUCAGUUUCUAGUAAAUCUUUACGAUCAAAUACAGAUGAAAUCAAUGAUAUAGCCAAAAAAGCUUAAAGUAAGAAAAGCAAAUUAUUAUUUGUUGGUGAUUAUCAUUUUUCAUCAUUAAAUAUAGCAAAAGCUAUUUAUUUAAAAAGUUAGAUCAAAGAAAAUUUAAAGUUUAAAUUUUAUGAGAAAAACAAUACCAAAAACUAAUUAAAAGAUAUGAAGUUGGGUGUCGAAUUAUUUUUAAAAAAUGAAAAAAGAAAUUAGGGAUUAUAAAAUACAAUAAUAGAAUUGAUAAAUGAAAAAAUAAUUUUUACAUUAUAAUUUACAACUAAAAAAGCUAUUGAUGCAGAUGAAUUAUUUAAUAAUGCAAUAAAACUUAGUUAAACAUAAUUAAAUUUAGAGAAUAAAUUAUUCUUUAGGUAUUAACAAUUUCCAAGUUUAAAAUUAUAAUCAAUUUUAGUUUUUUAUUAAGGCGAGAUUCUAAGUAAUUAUAUUGAAGCUUAGAAAUUUAAAAAUUUAACAUCAAUACCUGAAGAAUAAUUAAUUAACAUGAAUGCUAAUAUUAAGACAGCCUUUUUCUCAAAAAAAGUGGUUUACUUAAAUUUAUAAUUAGAAUACAAUUAAAACUUAUUGAUAACAAGUAAAUCUGAAAAUUCAUUAAGAUUUUUUUAAAUAUGUCCAGAAGAAUCUAAAAAUUUUACUUUUAUUGAGAGUAUUCUUCCAUUGGCUAUAAUAAAUGAGCAUAGUUUAUUAGUAUAAAGAUUCAUAUAAACAAGCAACUCAAAAUUUUAUUUAAGGUUUCACCAAACUUUUUUUAAGAUAAAUAAUUUAUUAAUAAAACCAUGUUAACUUUUAUUUGAUAUACAUUUUGAUAAUAUGAAUCAUUAUAGAUUUUCUGCAUUCUUUUCAGAAUGUAUCAUUCAAUAUGCAUAUUUAUUAGUAGAUAUAAAUGAAAAAGUUGGGGGAAUAACAGAGAGUUUUUUUGAAAAGUUAGGAUUAAAUGAAAAUUAUUAAAAUUAAUUUAAUAAAUAGGAUUAAACAUAUUUAUAAAUAGAUUAUAUGAUUCCAAAUUUUAAAAAAUUAAUUGAAACUAAAUAAUAAAAUGCAAUAACAGAAUUAAGAUUCUUAAAGGAAGCAUUUUUAUUAGAAAAUGAGAUAAUGAGAAGUUAAUUUAAGUAGCAAUCAGUAAUAACAACUAAUUGGUCUAAUCUUGAGUAGGUUUAUUUAUAUGAGGCAGAAAUAAAUAUUUAAUACUAGGAUAUUUUUGGUUUUAACUAUUUCAUAAUAGAAGUAAAAGAUGUUAGAUAAUUAAUAAAUUCAAAAAGAUCAUAAAUUUCAAGUAAAAUAAGAAAAUAAGAAGGAUUAGAAGAGUAUUUUGAAUUAUCAGAAUUAUCUGAAAUUGAAGCUAUUGCAUAAUCUCCAAAAAUUUCAAAAUAAUAAAACAUAUUUAAGAUUUGUUAUUAUGAAAAUUCAGAGAAGAUAAAAAUAAAACAAAAAAUAGACGAGAAUGUAGAAGAAAAAUAACAAUAAGAAUAAGAAAAAUAAGAUAUAUCCUUUUAAUAAAAUAAUAUAUUAAGUCCAAAUUUUAGUAAUGCUCCUUGGUAAGAUUAAUCACAAAUUCCAUUAUAAAUAUAACAAAGUAGCAUUUAAUAAGAAUAUUUUCAUAAAGAAAUUGAUAAUGAAAAAUCUCUUUCUGUAUAUUAAUCAAGGAAUAUAAAAUUGGAAGAAUUAGAAGAAGAAUUUAAAAGAAGUAAUGUAAAGGAACAGAUUAGUGUAAAUUAAAUUAAGAAUAUAUAGGAUGAGAAAGAAUAAUAAUCUUCAUCUAAUAAUGGAUUUAAAGGAAUAAAAUAGUCAAUAUUUUAUAAAAAAUAUGAGACAAUAGUUCAAUUAAUAGAACCAAUAAUACCAACAACUUUGAAAUUGUUCAUAUUAUUUUAAGUACUCACUUACUUAAUUGCAUUAUCAUAUUUUAUGAUAAUUCUAGGUAGUGCCUAAAUAGAUCUUCAUAGAUUUAUAGGUGAAAUUGAUAUGAUUUAAUUACAUGCAGGAAUAAUGAAUCCUCAUGAUUUAUAUUUGUAAAUAAGGUAACCAAUAAUUACAUAUAAUUCAUUUUUAUAAGCAGGAAAAAUAACAAAAGCAGAAUUCAAAGAAUUAACAGAUCCUUUGUAUGAGAAUGUUGGAAUUGGUUAUUAUGAAUUUAAAGAUGGUUUUAUCUAUUGGUUAAACAAUGAAUAUUUGACUCCAUUUUUAAAGGAUAAGAAUAUAACUGUAUAUUAUAUGUAUCAUAAUGGAUCCGAAACAUAUCCUAUAAUUUAAAAUAUUAGAGAAGCAUUAAUGGGUACAUUGUCAUAUUAUUAUGACUUCAAAUUAAGAUUCGAAGCAAGAUUGAGUACAGCUAAUUAAACAUAUUAGGUAUAUCAAUUUGCUAAUAUUUAUAAUUUUCAUUUCUGGUUAGAAGACUUGACUAUGGAAGUUUAUUAAUACUCAAAAAAUCGUUGUAUAGAAGUUAGUAAUAAAUGGAAUAUGAUUUGGAUUGUAUAUCUUUUAGUUAAUAUUUGUCCAUUGUUUGCAAGCUUAUUUUACUAUAGAAUAUUCAAUUCUAAAUUUGAUUAAUUUACAAGUCUUUUUAAAUAUUGUUCAUCCUAUAGAAUGGAAUAAGAAUUGGAAAGAUUAAAGUAUAUUUUAAAAAUCAUAAAUAAAAAUAGUUAUUUACUAUUUAAUUACUAAUUUUAUAUAGAUUAAAAAGAAGAGGAAAUUACUAAAUAAAGAUAAGAACAUGAAUAAUAAAAAGUUAAAGAGAUUAAAGUUUAACCUUAAUUUAAAAAGAUAUCCUUUGGCAUUAAGUUUAUUUUAGUAAUCAUAUGCUGGAUGGUUUUUUUUGCAUUGAGUUUAAUAUCUAAUAUUUAAAUAGGAGAAUAUUUGAAUAAAUUCUCAGCAACAGCAGAUGCCUAUAAAUUGAUAUCAGAUAUGUCUUUAUAUGCAGGAACUCUUUAUAGAAAUAGAGAUUUUGGACUUGCUUUUGCUAAUUAUCCUUAUCUGAGACCUUUUGAUGUAGAAAAGUUUUAUUUUACUAUCAAUACUGGUUUAUUAACAAUUGAUUAAUUCUUACAAUUUUCUUACAAGUUUGAUUCAACCAAAUAUUAAACCUCAGAGGAAUUCUUAAAUUUUUUUUAAUCUUUAUAGGAAAACAAUAUUUGCAUUGUUUUAGGAGAUGACCAUUUGGGAUUUCUAAAAUAAUAUUGUGAAAAAUCAUUAUAAGGUACUUUAUAGUUAGGAUUGUUUCCUACAUUAAAAUAUAUAUCUAAUUCUAUUUCUAUUCAAAUGCAAAUUAAUAAUUUUACAAAAAGAGUAGAAUUUAAUAAAUAUGAAAAUGAGGGCAGUCUAAUAGUUCUUAGAGCAUUCUAAUUGAUGAGUAAAUAAUUUAAAAAAGGUAUGGUUGAUGUCACAGAAUAAUAAAUUAUGAUAUGUAAUACUAUCUCGAUCAUUUUUAUUGUUUAUUCUUUGUUAUUAAUGGCUUAUUUUCUAUUUAUUUUUAUGCAACAAUUAAAAAUAGAUAUUAACUUAGCAAGAAGAUUUAUUUUGUUAAUACCAUCUAAUGUUUUAUUCUUGGAUGAUUAAUUUGAUAGACAUGCUAGAAUUAUCAUUGCAAACUAAGAAUACUGA